UGAUACUGUCGGUAAUGCUGAAUUUAGUGGAAGCUUAGACACGUUACUCCCCAAUUCUCCUCUAUAAAAUGCCGAUAAUAUAUAGUGUUGUAUUCCCUCUCCCCUAAUGCAGCAUGUUUAAAUGGUUAACAUCUGUGCUGCAGUAUUGCUUUCUGGCUCCUGACAAAAUGAAAGCUAUCAGCAAUCUGGGCAAUAAGAUUCAUCGCCAAUAGUCACAAGCAACAGCACAGAGCAUUUUAAUAUCAGCGAGGUCCACAGCUCGCAGUAAGAGCUGCUGUGAUUGAAAGACGUGUAGGUGCAAUCAUUCUGCCGUUUGCUCCUCGCCAGAGUCAACAUGGGAUUAUCAGACAAGCCAUCAGAUGCAUCUGCUUCCUCCUCUUCAGAAAUAUCUGUGAAAGAAUUUCUAGCCAAAGCCAAAGAAGACUUUCUGAAAAAAUGGGAAAAUCCUCCCCCGAGUAAUGCUGGGCUGGAGGAUUUUGAAAGGAAGAAAACCCUUGGAACAGGUUCAUUUGGAAGAGUCAUGUUGGUGAAGCACAAAGCCACUGAGCAGUAUUAUGCCAUGAAGAUCUUAGAUAAACAGAAGGUUGUUAAGCUGAAGCAAAUAGAGCACACUUUGAAUGAGAAAAGAAUAUUACAGGCAGUGAAUUUUCCUUUUCUUGUUCGACUGGAAUAUUCUUUUAAGGAUAAUUCUAAUUUAUACAUGGUUAUGGAAUAUGUCCCUGGGGGUGAAAUGUUUUCACAUCUAAGAAGAAUUGGAAGGUUCAGUGAGCCUCAUGCACGGUUCUAUGCAGCACAGAUAGUGCUAACGUUCGAGUACCUGCAUUCUUUAGACCUCAUCUACAGAGAUCUCAAACCUGAAAAUCUCUUAAUUGACCACCAAGGUUACAUCCAGGUCACAGACUUUGGGUUUGCCAAAAGAGUCAAAGGCAGAACUUGGACACUAUGUGGUACUCCAGAAUAUCUUGCUCCAGAGAUCAUCCUCAGCAAGGGCUACAAUAAGGCUGUGGAUUGGUGGGCUCUGGGAGUACUCAUCUACGAAAUGGCGGCUGGCUACCCCCCGUUCUUUGCAGACCAACCAAUCCAGAUUUACGAAAAGAUUGUUUCUGGGAAGGUCCGCUUCCCGUCCCACUUCAGCUCUGAUCUCAAGGACCUUCUGCGGAACCUGCUCCAGGUGGAUUUGACAAAGCGGUUUGGAAAUCUGAAGAAUGGUGUGAGUGAUAUAAAAACCCACAAGUGGUUUGCCACAACCGACUGGAUUGCUAUUUACCAGCGCAAGGUGGAGGCUCCAUUCAUACCAAAGUUCAGAGGCUCCGGCGACACCAGCAACUUUGAUGACUAUGAGGAAGAAGAGAUCCGGGUGUCUAUAACUGAAAAAUGUGGGAAAGAAUUCUGUGAAUUUUAGAGAGGAAAAAGAUCCCCUCGGAGCUCACACUCGGUCUUCGCACUCUGUUGAGAUGUGACGGGGGCUGAGACCGUCCCUGUUGAAGCCGUUACCCAGUUCCUUCAUUCCAGCAACCGCGUGAGGCCGUCGCUGCCGUCACCCGUGUGCGCCGGGCCGCCGCGCGCAGCGUGUGCCGGGACACGCGUAGACCACUCUCCUACCCUCCCAGUUGUGUUCCUCCCGCCUCCUCCUCCCUUGUCAUGAAGUUUUCUCUGCACAGUGCUCUGUUUUAUGUUAGGGUUCUAGAUGGGCAGUGUUACAGCUCUGUGAACUUGGAAAAGGAAGGCUGAGUGUUGCUUUGAGUAGUUCAGGGUGAUGUUUUUGCUGGCCAGUGGCUUGAAGAUAAGCUUUCUAAUGAUUCCUUUCACUUUGAGUAACUGGGACCCGGUUUUGCCAAAAUUCUUAAUCAUUCUUGAAGACAGAAUGUCUUAUUACAGAGGAAAUUUGCACAAGACAAUAAAUUUCUUGCAGGUCGCUGAUCUGAUGAUAAACUUAGAGUGAUUUGGAUUCUGCGGACCAGAAGUCCCAUUUCCUUUGGCCUCUUUUUAUCUUUCCCCUGACUGAGUGACGUCUGUGUCCAUCAAAACAAGCCAUCAUGACCUGGGUCCUUACCCAGGCUCUCUCUCCCUUGGUACCAGCCAGAGAGAAGAGAGUUAUUUCUAAAUCUUAACUCUUCCAUGUGGGUUUUAGCCAGCAUUUUAGUGGACUGUGAUUGAUUUUUUUAAGAUUUCCCCCAUUACCCUCAUCAGUUUUGAAAGGAAACAAGAAAGCUCAAAGGAACAUUGAGGAUCAAUUCUUUGCUAAGUCAAACAACAUGGCUGGAUUCUUGGGAACAGUAUGGAGGUGCUGUUAUUUAAAUGGUUUUUCUGUUUGUUUUGCAACAAGGACAAACAUAGUUGUCCUGGGCUUACUGCUCUGGCAUAUUGUGUUUGUAAGCCUGAGAUGGAGGCGCCGUGGCAACACCCCUGCUUGUACCCCGGCCCUCACGGCAAAGAGCGAAGUCAGUUCAAGGCCACGCUUGUGCUUGGCUUCGAGCUGUGAUGUCUUUAGCCAGCUCAGAGAUGCUGGCCUCUUUCUUCUCACUAAACAGAAGGCGUGAUCAUGCAGAUAUGGUUUUAAUAUUUGAGUUUGGGGUUUUUUUUAUACUUUUUUGCCAACUGACUUAAUGUUGCUGCCAUGCAGGCAUUUCAAGAGCUCUUGCACACGUAGUUUAGUGUUUGUUGUGAAUCCGUGGCUUAAAUCAAAUUUUUUUGUUUACUUUUUUCUUUGCUUUUAAUUUUCCCAUCUGAUUCUAUCACUGUCUCAGUGACCUGCCUAAGAACAACACACCCAGAGUUGAAAAUAAACUGCAUUCGUUUUCACGAUCACUCUCCAGGCAUGAAUGAAUUGUGUUCAACCAAACUGACCCCAAGGUAUAGAUAACCAAUAUAGUUACUUCCUUACUGGUGCAGGUAGGCCACUGACACUAUUCUGUUCAUCUUUCCCCACUCCCUUAUAAGACCUCUGAAGACAUUACAAUUCCCUUCCUGACAUAGCCUCUCCUCCCGUCUAUGUACCUCGUGAGUGUCUGCAUGAAAAUGUCCCACAGAGGCAGACAGUGCUUUCAGGCCGUCCACCCGUAUCUAAAUUAUGCAAGAAAAAAAAUCUGGAGUACUCUGCUAUAGCAAGUUUUAUGUAACAAAGUUGUAUCAUCAUAUUAAUAAAUUAUAAACAUCAUUUGUAUAAAAUACUUUAAUUACUGUUUUGUAUUUCAUUUAAACCUAAGAAUAUGCUAAUUAUUGUAUUCUACACAUAUACUACAAAUCUGUGGUAGCUUUGUUGUAUAUUAUUGUAAAAUUAUUUCACUUAAUCAUAGGGAUGACAAUUUGAUUAUCAUAAUUUAGUUUCAGUAAUUGAACAGAUUUGUAUGGAAUCCAAAAAUAUUUUUUUCUAUGAAAUUACUGGUGCCCAGCUAUAGAAUCUCCCAGGUAAAUGAGCUAGAGGCAAGCAUUAGUAUUUGAGGGCUACUUAAGCCAUUCCAUUAUACUGUCUAUUUUAAGAACAUGAACAAGCUGUCACGUAUGUCAAAGGAAUCUAUUUCUGACUAAUCAAGUACAGUGAAUUAGAAUAUUUUUAACCUAUCUAAAAUUUUCAGCCACAACGUAGCCAAGAACAAGAUUUUUAAAAUUUGCGUAAGUUAGUGGCAAAAAGAAUACAGUGUUUAACCUCAAGUUACAUGAUGUGAAAUAGAAGAAAUUGUGGUUUUGCCCAGUAAAUAGUUAAGAGAUGGUAUUAUGUAGGAAGAAGCCUUAGACUGACAGUCAAGAUGUCUGAGUUUCAGGCAAGAAAACGAUCGGUGCGACCUUGGCUCCAUUCUGUAGAACAGAAGAGUUGGAAUGAGCACCUCUCUGGGCUCCCUUCUUUUCUUUUCCACGUUGAGUCCAGAUUCCCUUUCUCUCUGCUACUUUGAAGGGAUAUCAUGUUCUGCAGCGAGUUUCUGUAAAGUGAUACAUUUUGGUGCAUUCUUCUUAUCUCUGACAGUGUUCUUAUUCAGAGAAUAUCAUGGAGCCUCAUAUCGUAUACCUUCCUCAUUCACUGAUGCUAAAUCCACAGUUGAUAUCAAACUGUCAGCCUACCAAAAAAAAAGUGGCUUAUGGGUAUUGCUGUCUUGUUCUUGGUAUGUUCUUGUACUGAUACUGACUGCCCAUUGGCCUGAAAAAGAAAUUACUCAUAGUAAGCUUGAAAACAGAUUCUUUUUUCUUUCCCACUGACUGUUUUUUUUUUUUCCUGCUUGUUGUAAGAAUCAAAUGGAAUUAUGUAUGUGAAAGCACCUUGUAAACCGUAAGCUAUCGGUGUACAGUGUAAAGGUGUGUUGUUACUUCUUUAACUACUUCUUUGUUUAGAGUGGAAUUUCCUAUGCACUACUAUAGCUAGGAAAUGCUGAAAACAACUGUGUUUUUUAAUUAAUCAAUAACUGCAAAAUUAAAGUAUCUUCAAAGAUAAAACUA